AUGAAACUGAACUUACUACCGGCUGCGGCUGGCCUGCUGGCCGUACCGACCUCUGUUGCCUUUCUGAUACCGCCAGACCUCCCUAAUAAGGACAUUGACCUUGCGCUCAGUGACGCUCCCACUGAUGCUGUUGAUACUAUCGCCAGGGCUCUCAGCGAUUCGAGUGUAAAUGACUUCGAUUUGUUCGCUUCCUCUGUUCCCGACAGCUAUCAAAUCGCUGUCACGUGCCACGGCUGCCCCGGCAAACGUCACAGCAAGGAUCCUACAGAGCCCAAAUAUGGUCUCUUUACAUUCAUGUUUAAGAUCAUUAACCACGAUAACGAGCCAGACAGCUUGUGGGUGGACCAGCGUCAGAUUUGGCCCAUCGACGAACAGAAGCACUACCACGAGUUUUACGCCUGGUAUGAACUGGACUGCUCUGUGCCGAAUCUAUGCAAUCCGGCUAGUCCCCUUCCCGAGCCUCUUCACACUCCGUCUAUCGGUUGGGGCAUAAAAUACUAUGAGAGGGAGAUGGAGGAGCGCAGCAAGAACAUCAAGCUCCUCAAUCUGCGCUUCUUCAUCCACAGUGUCGAUCACAUUCCCGUGGACGGCAUCCCGGAUGAGGUCAGCAUUAGCAUGCUCCAGAACGAGGAAGGCCGGCUGGUUAUCGCGGACAUUAAGGCAGUUACAGCCGGGACGCCCUAUGAUUCCCCAAUCACCGAGGAAGGUCUUCAGCUUGCCAUAACUUCGAACAACGAGGGUGACGAGGAAGGGUCAGAACCCGCGACUCCCACUAAGCCUGCCGACGGCGAGUUUGAAAUUAUCGUCGUCGAGAUCACCGAGUCGGUUGACCAGCAGCAGGAGGAGUCCGGCAACGACGACACCGCCGAGGAAUGCACUGACAUCUUCUGUGAGCUUCUCGCCUACACCAAGGAGCAACUCAAGAAGCUCAAGCAGCUUAAGAUCUUCAAGGGCGGCUGCCAUGGCAGGCCCAACGAUAUGCCGCACCACAUGCCUGGCCCUCACCAUAUGCCUGGCGGCCCUGGCCCACACCACAUGCCCCCCCAAUCGCCUGGUGGCUUCCUGCCUCACCAUCCUCACCACCAUCAUCCCCCGCCGCCCCCUCCCCCGGAGAGCCCCUUCGCUGAUGAGCUGAAGCACGAUGAUACCUGGCAUACGGAAGAAUCAUGGGCUCAGAUGGUUCACGAUGUUGCCGUCAACAUCCUUGUCCCUGUCCUGAUUGGCAUUGUUGCUGGUGUGAGCGUUAGCAUUAUCGGCAUGGCCAUCGGCACCCUUCUCGUCUCGACCUAUCGCAAGUUCCUGUCCAGCCGCCCGCGCGAGAAUGAUAAUGAAAGCAUGAUCGGUCCCAAGCCUUCUGCGAAGGAGGCUGUAGUUGUUGAUGAGGAGAGGGCUGGUCUGAUGGAGAACCAGGACCUGCCGCCUGCGUAUGAGGAUGCUGUUGCUCCGGCUCCGGCGUAUGAGGUGCACAACGAGGAGAAGGCUUAG